AAAAUUUCUAAAGAAAAAAUUUAUUGUUUUAUUUAAUAAUUGUUUUUAUCCCAUUAACUAUUUUUUCACAUCGAAAAAGGAUUUAAUUAUCUUAUUUUUCGUCACUUUUUAUUUGAAUACCAAUAUUCCUUUAAUUUCCUUAGAUUAUAGAGAUAACUGGAAAAAAAGUCGAAAAAAAAAAAUUAGAUUUCUAUUAUAAUAAAGAAUUAAAUUAAAAUAAAUUAACUCAUAAAAAGAAAAAGAAAAAGAAAAAGAAAAAGAAAAAAAAUGUCUGCUGUUACUGUUACUGGUUCUACUGAUACCACCUCUACUACUCGCAGAGACUCGACAACUACUUCACAAACAAAGAGAUCUGGUAAUGUUGCCACAUUACGUAACGAUCAAAAACCUCUAACUGCUAUUGAUACCUUUGGUAACAUCUUUACCGUUCCUGACUAUUCAAUUAAAGACAUUUUAAGUGCUAUACCAAAACACUGUUAUGAAAGAAGAUGGUAUGAAGGUUUAUAUUACGUUUUCAGAGACAUUGCUUGUAUGUUAGCUAUAGGAUAUGUUGCAAACACUUAUAUUCCAUUAGUUCCAAAUACUGCUUUAAGAGGAUUAUUGUGGUUUGGUUAUGCUACUGUUCAAGGUUUAUUUGGAACUGGGUUAUGGGUUUUGAGUCACGAAUGUGGCCACAGAGCCUUUUCUGAUUAUGAAUGGUUAGAUUCAUUUGUCGGAUGGGUGUUGCAUAGUUAUUUAUUAGUUCCAUUUUUUAGUUGGAAAUUUUCGCAUGGUAAACACCAUAAAGCCACUGGGCAUUUAACAAGAGAUAUGGUUUUUGUUCCAAGAACUAAGGAACAAUUUCUUGCCAAAAGAGGUGUUUCUAGCUUGAAGGAAUUAUCAGAAGAUGCACCAAUUGUAUCAUUAUAUUCUCUUCUUCUCCAACAGUUAGGUGGAUGGAUUAUGUAUUUAUUCACAGAUGUAACUGGACAAGAAUAUCCCGAUGUUCCACAAUAUAAGGUUAACCAUUUUAAUCCAAGUGCACCAAUUUUCGACAAAAAGGAUUAUUGGUAUGUUUUAUUAUCUGAUAUUGGUAUUUUGAUUCAAUUUGGUGUAUUAUAUGUUUGGUAUCAACAUUUUGGAGGAUGGAAUGUUUUUAUUAACUGGUUUUUACCAUACAUUUGGGUUAACCACUGGUUAGUUUUCAUUACAUUUUUGCAACAUUCAGACCCAACUAUGCCACAUUACGAGGCUGAUCAAUGGAAUUUUGCCAGAGGAGCAGCAGCCACUAUUGAUAGAGAAUUUGGAUUUGUUGGCCAACAUAUUUUCCAUGAUAUUAUUGAAACACAUGUUUUGCAUCAUUAUUGUUCAAGAAUUCCAUUUUACAACGCCAGAGAAGCAAGUGAAGCCAUUAAGAAAGUUAUGGGAAAACACUAUAAGCACUCAGAUGAGAACAUGUGGGUAAGUUUAUGGAAAUCAGCCAGAUGCUGUCAAUUUGUUGAUGGUGAUAAUGGUGUUAAGAUGUUUAGAAACAUCAAUGGAUUUGGGGUCAAGCCAAUUGAUGUUGAUGGUAAGCCAGUCAAUUAAAGCAAGUGCUAUUGUUGUUAUUGCUAGUAUAUUAUGGGGUUUAAGAACCAGAAACAGGACAAGAACCAGAACAAGAACAAGAAAGAAUAGUUAAUUAGUGCAAGAUCGGGUUAUGUGAAAUUACAUGAUGAAGAUUUGAGAUCAAUGGGGUUUUGUUUUUCCGUUUUUGUUUUAUUUUUUUUUUUUUAGUCGUUAUUCUUAUAUAUAAUUAUAUAUUCAAUUCGGUAAUACUUUCUUGUUUUUGCUAGUUUUAUUAAAUAUAUUCUCUAAUAAUCUGAAUUAAUUGUUUAAUUGUUUAAUUGUUUAAUUGUUUAAUUGUUUAUUUGUUUAUUUGUUUAUUUAAUUUAUUAAUUUAUCAAUCAAUUAAUUAUCUAUACUCUUUUCUAUCUAAGACUUGUUUAACGGGUUCAGUUUCAUGGACAUAUAAAUCAUUUUCUUUGAUAUAUCUGAUGACACUAUUCGGUAGCAAAUAUC